UUGAUCUCUUGUCUCGUCUCUUUCAUCAAGUUUCUCUCUUCUCAUAUUUCCGACUCUCUCAUUGGUCCUUCUGUUGGAUUUCGACCCAUCCCCUCUGUCCCUCCAUCGCAUUCGCGAUUCCUAGCCGAUUCCGGUUUUUGUUGGUUUGAGUUGAGUGGAGUUGUUAACCGAGUCUAGAAGCUGAGACUAGAAGCUGGGACGCUAAGCUAGUUUCCGAGUUUAAUCUUUUUGUGCAGUCUGGGAAUAUUAAUCUGAAGACAAUUUUUCACUAGUAUUUCCGAGGAUUAACUUCCAGAGUCAGUCAAGCUUGGUGUCAUUCUGUGUACUGAAAAAAGUUGAGAGAUAUUCACAACAAAAAACGUUUUCGGUCACAUUUAGAAGAAUUUAAACACUAGGUGGUGUUGCGCAUAGACGCAAUUUCCCACUACCAAAUUUGAAAAGUUAGUAGUUCCAGCUUUGUUAUUGAUGGAAAUUUUGUGUGUGGCAGCCUUCUAAUCUAAAUCUGUUUUUAAUCACAAAAGAGUAUUUAUUCCCCAAGAAGGAUUCAAUUAUGUCAAGACAAGAAUCUAGAGGUGAAUCAUUGUAUCCAACAAAAGAACAGUUUGCCUGUGUAAGAUGUAAAAAUAAGAAAUUUACUUCCUGGAAUGAUUUUGAAAACCAUCAUGCUAAGCAUGCUGUUGACUUUACAUUUUCUCAACUUCCUUUUGUAAAGCUUCAAAAAAUCAAAAUUCCUCCUUUAAAUUCACAGAAUCUGAAACUUAAACAUCCAGAUUCCGAGAUCCAAUCGUCUAUUUCUAUUAUUGAUAGUAAUGACACAGCAGCAAGUACUUCUGGUGUGGUACCAGAAGCUUCAACUCCUUGUGAAAAUAAGGAAGCUCCUGAAAGCCAGGCGUUGGAAGAGGAAGAGAUGCUAACUUGGCCAGGCAGUUGUGAAUCAUCUAGCCCUUUAAAUUCACCAAUUAGUGAAAUUCCAGCUAGCACCUCAAGUGAAACAAUCGCAUCAGCAAACCCAGCAACAGUGGAACCCCAAGGAGACUCUAAUAUCCUAGAUCCUGCUUUCAUUGAAAAGUUGGGAGAGGAGAUCAAUUUUCUGAAUCAAACUUCAGUUGACUCUGUUCCUGACACUGUUGCUAGUGCCCCAAAAGAACCUUUAUCUGAAGUUCAUUUACCUGACGAGAAUACAUCUGGGUCUUCAUCCGCUUCAAUAAGCAUUUCUGAAUUUCCAGUUCCAUCUCUUAUUGAUAUUUCAUUUCCGGAACCGAUCACUCCGGAAACUCCUCCAACAGAAAAUGCCACUACAUCAGUUGAAUUGAAUAAGCCUGAAGAUCAACUUGAAAAGGUGGUCAAUGAAAAGGAAGUGUCAGAUAAUGAGAAAAAUGAAUCGAUUUCUACGCCGAAGGAAGCAGAACUACCGAAAUCGAAGGGACAAUUGCGACUAGUUCCAUAUGAGUCACUUUUGUCACCUUCUUUUUUGCGUGCCAGUUCUGAAGACGAUGAUGAAUCUGUAUCAAUUCAGUCUCCAAUUUCACCAUCAAAGACUUCAAACAAACCACAAGCUAUGGUAGCCAUACCGGAACAAAAUUUAGAGGAUCUUAACAUCACAGACCACCGAUCGACUGCUAAUUCUGUUCCAGUGAAAGCAUUAAUCGAAGCAGUUUCAACACCGCAGCAAGUUUUGAAAAAAUCUCAACCAACUCCACCGCCUGAAAUAACUGUACCAAGUGUGCCCCAAACAACGCAAACUUCUUCAGCGCCAACGCAGCAGCAACUGAUGACGCAAGUAUACCCAUUUCACGGACAAGGUAAUCGUCAGCCACAAGUAAAUCAACAACUUCCAACACAACAGACACCACAACAACCACAGCAGCAUCAUCAGCAAAAUAAUCCACUUCUGCAGCAACAUCUGCAACAACAGCCGCAACAACAGCCACAACUGCAACAACAGCCGCAACUGCAACAACUUCUGCAACAACAGUCACAACUACAACAACAUCUGCAACAGCAAACCCCACCAAUACAACUUGUUCAACAGCAGAAGCAACAACAACAUCUGCAACAACAAACCCCGCAAAUACAACACCUUCAAAAGCAGAUGCAACAACAACAUCUACAGCAGCAACAACAGCAGCAGCAGCAGCAGCAGCAACAGCAGCAACAGCAGCAGCAACAACAGCAGCAACAACAGCAGCAACAAAAACAACAAACGCAUUUCCACCAACAACAGUAUCCCCAACAGCAACAGCAUCCAAAUUUGAGCUCAAUGCAGUAUCAACAGCAACAACAGGCGUAUCAACAGAUUGGAACUGGUCAGCAACCGAACACAUAUACUCAAACUCAAGCUCCUCAGUACAUUCAGCGGUUUUCAACUCCACCACGAAUACAGUACCCGGUACAAUCUUACAAUGCGUCAUGCCGAGCUGUCCAACCCAAUCAAUCUACUAGGGCUACAAUGAAUUCCGUAAUAACGCUCUCUAACAGUAAUGGCACAAUUUACGUUCCCCCCGUUUCCGCCUACUUCCAACAAAUCACCACUAACUCUAUUACGCCGAUGGCCUCUUCCAACCCUAUCCAACAUCAGUUGGCUGGACAAGGCAACUAUAACCAGGUAGUCGUACAUACCAACAACUCCUUUCCACACUACUCUAACCGACCGCAGACGUCUAUGGCUCAACAUGUCCAGUUGCAGGUCGCAACAACUCGACCGCCAGUUGCGACUACGCAACUCCGUCCGCAAGCCAUAACGCUUCCAAGCCAAGGAAUUCGCGUUGCCUCAAGUCUUGCAUUGCCAAACUCUGUCCGUCUUCCACCACCUACUCCACAACGACAGGCGUUUGUGGCUAUCCUACCACAUCCUCAGUCUCUCAAUAGUGUGUGCAUACUGACGACGUCUACCACUUCAGCUACUACUUCAUCGACCGUUCGUUUGCCAGCUCCAUCACACCAAGGACAAACAGCUGCGAACGCACUUAAUCGACCUGUCAGUCAGAAACGUCAUUUAGUAGUUGAGGGAGGAAUAUCACCGGGGGCUGGUCAACCUGCUCACAAGGUAGCGCGUACUGAAGAAACCACUGCUGUCUCUGCAAAUGUCUCCACAGCGGUCUCUGCAGCCCAGCAAAGUGGAGACUGUGAAGUGCUGAUCGUACAGAAGAAACAAACAGGCUUACCUGUUAUUCAAAGCGUGGAGGGUGGCGGUGGCUCGUCAACGAAAUCCAGUGUGCAGUCCCUUCAGACACCGUCUGUUGCUUCACUUUUAAGUAAUCCCAACAUAACAAUUACACCUGCCAAGAAUAAAGAAAACCAAACAGGAUCUGAUUCCGCUGCUUCAAAAUCUGUCAAUGCCUCCACCAAUUCUGUUUUAAACGUUACUAGAACCUCUCGUCCCAUCACCGUUGACUUGACAACUUCUUCGGAUUCUGUACCGCAACAACGCAAUCCUUUGCAAUGCCAAGUUUGCAACGAAACGUUUAACUCUCAAUCGCUCCUUAAAAAUCAUUUGGUGCUUCACCUAAGAAAAGUGCACACCACUGUAGCGCGGCCAACCGGUAAUACUUACGUUAACAGAAACCAGGGCUCGAAGCAGGCAGCAGUUAAUCCCCCUAUCUCGCGGGCUAGCAACGUGAAUGGACAGACCACGAACACAACAGCACCAAGCACAUCUGGUUCUGUUACAACUCAAACAUCUACAACCACCCAACAAGCGACACCUGCUGGAAUACGACCAAUAGAUAUGAGCACUGGUUCAGUGAACACUAACCAGCAAACCAAAAACGGAGCAACUUCUGGACAAAAUCGAUCCACUACCGAGAUUAGUUUGGUGCCUCCUAGUACGACCUCAUCAACUCAGUCUUCCUGUUGUAAGGAACCUACUGCAAUAUCGAUGGAAAAAGCAACUUCAUCUGGCAGCGAAUUUUAUAUUCCUAUCGUCGACUUGAAGCGACUGGAUGUUAUUUCUAAACUUGAAUCAAUGGGGAUAAAUCAGUUUAUUCCCGCAUCCAAUUUGACGUCUUGCAAUGGUCACAAUAACUUAGCCAUACCUAUUAUGUCAGCUGCAGCUCUUCGAAAGUCUGGGACGACGACGGGGUUCCCUAGUCUCUGUGGGGUAGUUAAUCUCGGCAUUCCUAAAUCAUUUUCCUCGACUCUUCCCAAGUAACUCGCUUCUAACUAUUAGCAGUAACUUUCUGCUAACUAUUAGCUUCUCCACAUGUUACCUGUAGUAAACCUCGCGACUUUUCUUUUAUGAUAAUACAAUUUUAUACCAUGA